UUAAUAAGCCGGAGCACGGGAUCUCCAUUCUUCAGUUAACGGAUUUUAGGGUUUAAGAUUCUCGCAGUUCACCAAAAUCUCAAUACUGAAACAACGAGGGAAUCUUCCAAUAGCUCGAGCCUAAAGCUUGCAGAAAAUGCUGCAGAGAUGGAGCAGAGCUGUUACUCAUUUGAGUAGGAUUAACUCACAGAGGAGCAUGGAAUUGGGAAAAAAUUUAUGUGCUUUAUCGAGCCGAGGGCAUUCGAAGGUUGCAGCGGCGGAUGAGCCGGAUGCUGUGGAUUCCACUCAGAGAAGUAAAAAUGAGGUAAAUUUGAAUAAGAUGUUUUGGUCUAAACCUUCUUCACUAGCCUUGCCCCUUGAUUCGCCACAAAGGAUAGAAGAGCCGCAAUAUGAGGGUAUCAAGCAUUUUAUCCUGAAAUUGAUGCUGUUUUACAGUAAACAAAGCACAGCCAUUCGAGGGGCAAAUGUUAUUUAUCGCCGCGUUACUCAUCAAGUUGAUAGACCUGCUAUAUAUGAUGUAUUUAGCUUGGAAAAAACAUUUAAAACAACAUUCUCCUUGCUUGUUCUUCAUAUGUGGCUAUGCUUGCGACGCUUAAAAGAAGAAGGAAAGGAUGGUUCUGAGCUGGGACAAUAUUUGUAUGAGAUGUACAAUCAUGAUCUGGAGUUGAGAGUUUCUAAAGCUGGGGUCAACUUAUUAUUGAGUAAAUGGAUGAAGGAAUUAGAGAAGAUAUUUUAUGGCAACAUUGUAGCUUAUGAUGCUGCCAUUCUUCCUGAGGCAAAGCUAGAUGAGUUGCAAAAUGUGAUUUGGAGGAAUGUAUUCUCUGAUGAUGGCACAUUAACACCCGAUGGUCCUGCCUUGCUUCCUGUCCAGGCUAUGUCAAGAUAUGUUCGUCGAGAAGCCAACUGUCUGUCAUUGACAGAUAAAGCUGCUGUGUUUUCUGGGAACUUCAUGUUCACCCCAUUGGAAGGAAUAAAAAUUUGAUUUCGCAAGCAGUUAGCGUUGAAAAUGAGAUCAGCGUCCAAUGAAAUGAUGCAGCUUAGCCAUUGAUUCACAGUACAUUUCAAGAUCCUGUUUACAGCCUAUUGAAGUAGGUUACUGAAUACAUAGGCAAGUAAUAUAAGGUUCCCUAUCCCAUAUUUUACCUGAAAGAUAUUUCUCAGUUUUCAUUAUUUGUGUUGAUGGGAAUAAUCUGUUGGCUUCUUUAACCCAACUCGCAAAGUUUAGCAGAAAAUGUAAGACGUUUUUGACAAAUAUUCAUUGUAACGAUUCUGCGCGUAUACGCCAUGAACAAUUAUACCUAUUUGAUGUAAAUUCUUUACCAGUUUGAGAAUGGGAAAUGGUCAUUCCUUCUGUUGA